CAUGACGUAGUGUUUCCUUUUGUGUGUCUCGUGAGUGUGUUGUUGACGCCGCCCCUCCGGAGCAGCAACGGACACCGCCACUAGCGGUCUGACGGUCACAUCUGGCCGGGUAUAUACGCGUCUCCACCGCGGCAACAUGUGCGGAACAGAAAACAUUACCGAGGAGAAGCAAGAGCAUUGUUUUGUGCCGCUAUUUGUACGGGUGCUCACUAUGUAGACCUCCGACGCCUAGAUACUCACCUGUUAUUAAUUAGCCGAUGCUAUCGCCGCUAUUUCUAAUAUACGGCUGUCAUCGCGGCCGCCGGGUGAGCUAAGCGUCGAGCUAACCCGUAUAAGUGAGCUUAAACCCGGGCUAAGUGGCGCUAGACCAUCGGCUAGCAUAGCACGAGAGGGGACCAAACAUGGCAUCUCCCGCCGAGCACGACCUGGCUCUGUCUGAAGCUGAUAGCAGCAAAGAUAAAACGCAGGUGUUUGGAAUAUUGAGGUUUCAAGAGGAAAAAUCUAGCGGCGUGGAUAAACCCAACAUAAGCGGCACAGUGAGAGGCGGUGGCGGGGGAGGAGAUGGACGAUGGCAAGCUCCCAUCUUCGCGUUAGCCAGGAAAGCAUCCGAAACCAUUUCAGGGAGCAUUCAUGUCCUGCCUAAAGUGUCAGAGAACAGAGCAUCCAUGCCUGGCGAGUGGACCGUGCAAGCCUUGCGGGACCCCAUGACCAUGGAGCGAGCCAACCUGCUCAACAUGGCCAAGCUAAGUAUUAAAGGUCUGAUCGAGUCUGCUCUGAGUUUUGGAAGAACGCUGGACUCGGACUACCCACCACUGCAGCAGUUCUUUGUUGUCAUGGAGCACUGCCUCAAACACGGUCUGCGAGUGAAAAAGUCCUUUCUGGGAUUUAAUAAGUCUUUGUGGGGUCCUCUGGAGCUCGUGGAAAAACUGUGUCCUGAAGCAGCAGAGAUUUCAGCCUCAGUGCGAGAUCUGCCAGGACUCAAGACUCCUUUAGGACGGGCCCGUGCGUGGUUGAGAUUGGCUCUCAUGCAGAAGCGGCUGGCCGACUAUCUGCGACUACUCAUUUCUAGAAAAGACCUGCUCUGUGAGUUGUUCUGCUGCAGUGACUUCUAUGAGAACUCAGCGCUGAUGCUGGAGGAGGAGGGGGCCGUCAUAGUGGGUCUGCUGGUGGGCCUGAACGUAAUUGAUGCCAAUCUGUGUGUCAAAGGCGAAGACCUGGACUCUCAGGUUGGGGUGAUUGACUUCUCCAUGUACUUAAAGAACGACAUUGAUGAUUACAGGAGUGAAGAGAGGAACAGCCAAAUAGCAUCCAUCCUGGAUCAAAAGAACUAUGUAGAAGAGCUCAAUCGGCAACUAAAUUCUACAGUUCAUGGACUUCAAGGCAGAGUAGACUCUCUGGAAAAGUCCAACUCUAAACUCAUAGAAGAGUUAGCUAUAGCCAAAAACAACAUCAUCAAACUACAAGAAGAAAACCAGCAACUGAGGAGUGAAAACAGCAUCAUUAUUCUGAAGGCACAACAACAUUUAGAGUUGUCUCAAGGUGACGUGUCCCUGGAGCGAGACACAUACAAACAAUCCCGUCAAGGAUUGGAUGAGAUGUACAAUGAGGCACAAAGACAGCUGAAGGAGGAGUGUCAGCUAAGACAGGAUGUGGAGAACGAGCUUGUGGUCCAGGUGUCAAUGAAGCAGGAAAUGGAGUUGGCUAUGAAACUUUUUGAAAAAGAUAUUCAUGAAAAACAGGACACACUGAUUGGGUUGAGACACCAACUGGAUGAGGUCAAAGCCAUCAAUGUAGAGAUGUACCAGAAGAUGCAGUCCUCUGACGAGGAGAUGAAGAAGAAGAACAACAUGAUCAGCCGUCUGGAGGAAAAGACCAAUCAGAUCACUGCAACUAUGAAGCAGCUGGAGCAGAGAUUACAGGAGGCCGAGAGUCACCGCACGUCUGCUGAGGAAGGAACCAGGCGCUUCAAGAUGGACUUCGCCAAUAAGGCUGACAGCUUGCAGCGACAGAUCGACCACCGAGAGAAGCAGCUCCUGCAGCUGGAGACAGACCUAAAGAUAGAGCGAGAAUGGAGGCAAACACUGCAGAAUGAUCUGCACCGGGAAAAAGAGACGGUGUCUCAGCUUAGGACACAAGCACUUCAGAUUAACGGCCUCAAGAUGGAGUUCCAUCGCCUCCAGGAUGAGAACUUCCAGUUGAAGAGUAUCUGCGAGGACCAAGAGCAAGCUCUUGAGGAACUGGGCUCUAAACUUAGCGAAUCCAAAAUGAAGAUAGAGGAUAUCAAAGAAGCCAACAAAGCUCUUCAGGGAGGACAGGUGUGGUUGAAGGAUAAGGAAGUCAAACACUGCAAGCUGUGUGAGAAGGAGUUUUCCAUGUCAAGGCGCAAGCACCACUGCAGGAACUGCGGUGAGAUCUUCUGCAACAGCUGCUCCGACAACGAGCUUCCCCUGCCCGCGUCUCCGAAACCAGUGCGUGUGUGCGACACCUGCCACGCCCUCCUCCUCCAGAGAUGCUCCUCCAACCCCACCUGAAGGUGACCUCCAGCUGCACUAACAAGGUGUCUGAUUCUUUUACGACUGUUCUCCACAAAGGCACAUUUUUGAAAAGUCUCUUACUAGUGCAUCAUCAAAACAUCUUAAACUUGCUGUCUUACCUCAAGUAGUGGCCGCCGCUCUAAUGGCUCAAUUACUAAAUAAUUAAGGUAGACAUGUCCUAUAUUAUCUCUAUGGGGAAAUAGCUCUCCUGUGUCACAGUAGAUGUGCAGACUUAGCUUCUCUACAACAAAUUGAUCAAAAAAAUAAUUAAACUUGCUGAGUUUUUUUUUCUUUACUUUUAUUUGAAUCAUGGAGAGGUUAUUUUUUUAAGCAAGAUUUUUUUUUUAACUCAUCAAAUUUGGAGUUAGAUGUUUUUCAUUGAACAGAGACAAGUUUACACUGCCUGUUCAUGAAAAGGUUGGAUUUAAGUAAGCAAAUACUUAAGAGUACUUUUUUUUACCUUAAUUGAUCUAUUUGUACAAUUAAAGGUAAUCCCUCCACCUGGUACAGUUCGCGGUGGAUUGAUUACACCUUCUUUGCUACUUUGAGGAAAUGCAGUACUGCAUUUUUUUUUUAAUCUUACAAAUUUAUCAUCAAACUGCAUUUCACCAACAUGCACAUUAGGGGGCACAACUGCACUCAUUCAACUUAUAUUGACUAGUAUUAAGAGUGCAUGAAAAUAUCACAUAAGCAGUGGGAUUCAUUUCUAGUAGUCAGCAUCUUUUAGUGGAUGUCACAACAUUGUGGGAUCUUGCUGACUUAUUUCCCCACAUUUUAGUUCUGUGAAUUGCCUGUUUAAACAUGAUACAUUCACACCAACUCAGCAGGCAUGAUUAUUUUGUAAAUGACAUAACGUCAGAGCAGAACUGUGCCACCUUGUGCCUGUGCCCAACAAAGGUUGAGUACCAACAUUUUGUAAACUCAAUUGAAUACUUGUACGUUUACUGUUUGCUGCUGUCAUAUGUCAAUGUAUUCACACGAUAUUGGUGGUGCCGCUUGAGCUCGUGUAAAUCCCCUUAUCUCAUGGUGCCAAAAUGAGCUAUGUACAGGUAUUUAUCACUUUGGUACAUACAAUAUAAGAUGAUGAAAGUCGGUUUAAUAUUAUGUUUGAGGCCUCAAUAGUAAUAUGCUGCUUCAAGGACCAACAAACACCAUCAUGUGUUGUAAUCAUCUCUAUUUCUUAAAUUAAAUUUUUUUGCAGUUUUUUUCUAUAUAAUUGUAUUUUUAUGAAUACUUUUGUUGACACUUUUAAGUCUACAUGGUAAUCUGCACAUUCUGCUGUUGUGCAUGUACAGUUUAUACUUUUUAAGUAUUUAUUUUAAAACUGAUAAUCUGAUCAUAUUCUUACUGCUCACUGUAAUAUAAUCUAGUGAUUGUGAAAUACAAUCAUGCCUCAUUUUAUGUACAGAGUUGCUCUUAUUGAGUCCCAUUUCUCAGUAGAGUUUGUACAUUGUUUUGUUAUUAAUACUGUUAAAGUGGGUGUUAAUAUUUGAUGACAUUGUUGAAUAUUGCCAACAGUACACUGCCUUUGUGGUAGUUAUGAUUAAAUCAAGUUAAAAACACAAAUGUUGUUGCUACUUCCUGAUCCCCCAAUGGAUGUUAUUAGAAUUGUCAAACAAUUAAAAUAUUUAAUAGCUAUUAAUCAGUUUGUUCGUUAACUCAAAAUUGUGAUAUCUUAAAUCAUUAAAAAGUGUACCGUAGACAGAUAAACAUUUUUUAAGAUUUUAAUACAAUGACUGGACAAUUAGUUUGCUUUAAUUAAAUGUUUUUAGACAUUAUGCUUUUUUAAACAGCUCAACACAAAAAGGACAUAAACACACUUUUAAUGACAAUACAAAAAUGCCUGCAGUGCGUUGGUGUCUUGCCAGAAUUUGUAUUCCUGCGGUAGAAGCACUUGCAUUCCAAAGAGGAGAUACAUUUCUUUGUUUAGAUAUUAGUUUCACGCAUUAAUAACACAGAUGUGUAUUGUUACGAACAUGCUUUGACUGUCAAUGUUAUGUAAUGUAAUCUGUGCUAUUUCUACCUGAAAUUCUAUACAUUGUAAACGGUAAUGAUAUUCACCUCUCUGCGUGACUUAAGUAUUAACCUUCUGCAUUAAUAAUCUAAUUCUGCCCGCUAAACAUUUAUGUAAUUGCAGACUAUCAAUCAGAACAUGUUAUGAAAGAAUAUCCACUUUAUUUAAAUCUGCCAGAAAAUUUCCAAUUUCUAUUCUUUAUCAGUUAUACAAAACCCAAAACCAGUUAAGUUGGCAUUUUGUGUAAAUCGUAAAACAGAAUAAAAUUAUUUGCACAUCCAUUAACGUAUUCAAUUGAAUAGACUGCAAAGACAAGAUAGUUAGCGUUCGAACUGAUCGACUUUAUUUUUUCCAAAUAUUAACUCAUUUGGAAUUUGAGGCCUGCAACAUGUUUCAAAAAAGCUGGCACAAGUAGCAAAAAAGACUGACAACGCUGAGGAAUGCUCAUCAAACACUUAUUUGGAACAUUCCACAGGUGAACAGGCUAAUUGGGAACAGGUGAGUGCUAUGAUUUGGUAUUAAUGCAGCUUCCAUGAAAUACUAAGUCAUUCACAAACAAGGAUGGGAUGAGGAUCACCACUUUGUCAACGAAUGCGUGAGCAAAUUGUCCAAAAGUUUAAUUACAUUUCUCAACGAGCUAAUGCAAGGAAUAUAAGGAUUUCACCAUCUACAGUCCAUAAUAUCAUCAAAAGUUUCAGAGAAUGUGGGAAAAUGACUGCACGUAAGCGGAAAGGCUGAAAACCAAUAUUGAAUGCUGCGGACCUUUGAUCCCUCAGGAGGUACUGAAUCCAAAGCAGACAUCAGUGUGUAAAGAAUAUGACCACAUGGGCUCAGGAACACUUCAGAAAACCACUGUCAGUAAUUAGUUUGUCGCUACAUCUGUAAGUGCAAGUUAAAACUCGACUCUGCAAAGCGAAAGCCAUUUUUUAACAACACCCACAAAUGCAGCCGGCUUUGCUGGGCCCGAGUUCAUCUAAGAUGCACUGAUGCAAAGUGGAUCUGACGAGUCCACAUUUUAAACUGUUUUUGAAAACCGUGGCUGUUGUGUCCUCUGGAUCAAAAAGGAAAAGAACCAUUCCGAGGCGCAAAGUUUAAAAGCCAACAUCGGUUAUGGUAUGGGGAUGUAUUAAUGCCCAAGGCAUGGGUAUCUUACACAUCUGCACCAUUAAUGCUGAAAGGUACAUGUAGGUUUUGGAGCAACAUGUUGCCAUCCAAUAAACGUCUUUUUCAUGGACGCCCCUGCUUAUUUUAGCAAGACAAUGCCAAUCCACGUGGCUUCGUAGUAUAAGAGUGCGGGUACUAGACUGGUCUGCCUGUAGUCCAGACCUGUCUCCCAUUGAAAAUACAUGGCGCAUUAUGAAGCCUAAAAUAUCACAACGGAAACGGAGACCCCGGACUUUGAACAUCAAGCAAGAAUGGGAAAGAAUUCCACCUGAAACGCUUCACAAUUCGGUCUCCUUAGUUCCCAAACGUUUACGGAGUGUUGUUAAAAGGCGAUGUAACACAGUGGUAAAAAUGCCCCUGUCCCAACUUUUUUGCAAUGUGUUGCUGCCAUUAAAUUUUAAGUUAAGGAUUUGCCCAAAAAAAUUCAGUUUCUCAGUUAUAAGUUUAAAUAUCUUGUCUUUGCAACAUUGGUGGGCUGUGCGUUUCUCACCUAAGCCUUCAGUGAUGUCCUACUUAAACUCUCAAAACCCCAUAAUUUAUGUCACCACAUGGACACGGUUGGAGAUACUAUACAGAAACAAAUUUGCAUGGUACAGGGCAUUGAACCUCCACAACAGUGUACAAAAGGGUGUAUUUUUAGGUGCAUUUAACAUUCAAUAAACCCGCUUCAGCAAUUAAAACAUCUUAUGUGGUACUGUCAAAAUUAAAAGAAUUGUAUAAAACAAAUGAAGCACCCCUCCGACGCCGUAUAAGACAGUGGUACCGUCGUAGUAGCCGGUUGAUUCGUGUGAAAGUGGCGGGGAAACCAUUUUUCCGCCGGUGUUGUACCAAAAUGUGUUUGCCAGCCAAAAAUGUAUUUCCUUCGUGGGAGCACACACCACUUGCUAAACCUGCAUUGCUAGGUGUAAGACAAACACUUUUAUCUGUGUAGUUAUUGUACCGGUGAGUUUGUUUUGGUUUUCUAUGGUUCGUAUGGUUCCGGUGCCACUUCCUGCUUUCGCGACUUGGGAUUGGAUACUCACUUGGAACUCCCAAGUGAGUAUCCAAUCACAGCGUUAGGCCAGCUAGCAGGUCUUACUGACAAAAUGUGAUCUGAUUGGCUGUUGCAAUUGUCCAUCACCUCUCUGUGUCCAUUCACUUUGUUGAAGGCUCUGGGCAGAUUUGGUACAGCAUGGCAACACAAGCUAGCUGACUUCUGUUUGGAUAAAAAUUGUAAACUAUGAACAACAGCACUAGAAGGAGCAUAAAAUGGCAUGAAGAGAAUGACUACUUUUAGAUAUAUAGGGAAAGUAAAUAAAAAAUAACUGGUUAUGUUAGGCCAGCCUGACAGCACAUCACUGCUUUGCAGUGUAUUCAAUUGAAUAUAAAUUUAAAAAGAUUUACAAAUCAUUUUUUUUUUAUUUACGAUUUACAAAACAUGACAACUUUUGGGUGUUGUACUAGAAUUUUUUUGGUAGAAAUCACAAUACAUUACAAAACAUUUUUGACAAAGCAUCCAAUCCAUCUACAUUCUGUAGAUGGACUGGAUGGAUGUAACUAUUACUGUGAAGCGAAGUGUGAGAUUGAUUUGAGGUGUCUUGACGACAUGAAAGUUUCUGAUUAAAGAGUGACGAGACCUCCUGCCCCACUGUCUUUACUUUCUGUUGAGCUUCUAUACCGUCUUACUAAAAUAGUUACAGUAACAUGCAACAUCUUUAUGUCCUUAGUUUUGAUUGUCAUUAAACUAAUCCAAACACGGAUGUCAAGCUUGUUCGACCUCCGAAUGGAUGCUCGGCCGCCGGCUGUUGCUCCAGCAAAUCGUGUAUUUAAAAAAUAUAAAUAAAUUGUAAGAACUUGUCAUUACUUUGGACCUGGUAUUUCCAUCAUGUACCUUUUUUUUGUCCAUUUCUAAUCGUUAUUUUCCUGCUUGUGGCUCAAUACUUUAUCACAUUAACUUUGACAACCCUAACAUUACUUAAUGCAAAAUGUACAUGCAACCAGAAACAUGACAGGUCAGUUACAUAUAAAAUUUAUAAGGCCAAAUGUACAACAAUUGCAUGGAUGUCCUACAGUUGAAAUACAGACUUCCACUUUCAUUCUUGGUCAUCAAAAUACAACAACUAACUUAGAUUCUAUCAUCAACUGGCAAAGAUUAAUAGUUUAAAAGAAAACACAAAUUUGUUGAACCUUAGGAGCAAACCAAAUCUGGAAUCAGCCUUAAACAUAAGUAGCCAAACAAACAAAGGCUUCUUGUUUGAAGAGUUAAAGAAAUAAGUGAUCCAAGGUGACAGUGAGUGGUCCUGACAUUGAUGCAUUACAUUAAAAUGUGUUGAUUAUUGUAAGGUUCACUCCCCCAACAGGUGGAAAAACAGAAAAUUCCUAGUACAUCAGACGUAAUGAUGUCCGUCUUCGUCUCAUGCAGUGUCACGAUUGCAACAAGGGCAAACAUGUUUGAGGAAAAGUGCAACUGCUUCAGAAUUGGAGGUGAAGGCAUAAAUGUCAGUUGGGCUCACAA